UGCCUAAUGUCACCUGCCUGUGCGUGGCUGAUUUUACAUCCCUCCUGGUUACCUGCUGGGACCUUCUCUGUCUUUGCAGGGUCUGACUGCAAGCCAUGCUUACAGGAAUUCACUGACCGCGGCACCCCUGCUUUGGAGUAUCACAACCCCAAAAGCUUCCUCCCGUCCCUGAUCGCUGAGGAUGACACCUUCUGCACCAGCAUGGCUGAAGAAAAGGAGGACUCGUCUUCCACAGAGCUGGAUGCCCCAGCAGCGGACUUGCACAGCAGCACAGAGGAUCUCCUCUCGGACUCUGCUCUCCAUGGCACGGAGUAUUACAGAGAUCUGGGACUCCUGAGCCUGCCAAUUGCCAAAACAGCACCAGAGACGGCAGCACAGCCAGAACAAGCAACCCAGGCUGUGUCUGCCCUUCGCUUACUGGAAGAGAGACCAGGGGCUCUGAGCAAAAUGUCUGUGGAUGUUGCUUUUUCCAAUCCCAUUUCCUGCUCCGUACGUUACGGUGAGGCUGACUGCCGUUUUCUGAACAAAGGCCACAUUUGCUCCUGUGCAGCGGUGCCAGAAGAUGGUACCAGCACUUCUGAGUGUCCCGCAGAGACAGACAACGAGCUGGACCUGCAGGAGGCCGAGGAAUCCUUCCCCACACUGGUGAGAUCUAUGUCUACCUCUCGGAGGCACAGCUGGGAGAGCCCUUUAUCACCCACGGACUGCAAGCGCAGGUUCAGCCUGGAUGCCACAGAGAUGGGUAGUGACCCAGAGCAGGAGGACAUGGAGAAGAGGACCCAGUCCUGCCCACAGCCUCGUGUGUCCCUUCAGCUGCCCAAAGGGGAGCUGGAAGCCUGGAGCAGCAGCAGGGGUAGCACGGUGAUCAAAGUGGAGAUAGAGCCGUUGCGCGCGAGCCCCACGGUCAGCCCUGGCUCGGAGGAGACGGAAUGUGGCGGUAACGGGAAGAGACUGAGGUCAAAGUCUGUCCCAUCAGCCUGUGAGACGGUUGUCUCCCUUCAGACACCUUGCAGUUUCAACACUUCUCUUCCAGCCGUGGAAGCUGUUGAACCCCCCGCUCUGGAGAUGCUGGAGAAGGACCACGUGUCUCCAGACCAUGUGCUAAUUGUCCAGCAGGUACUUCAGGAGCUGAAAUAUUAUCAUGGGGCAAAGCAGAGAGCGCGUGCGCAAGAAGGCAAUGAUUCUUCCCAGCAGAACCUCACCUGGUUUGAGUUCCUAUCUAAUGAAAAUGAGGACAGUGGAAAGAGCGAUAAAGCAGAGAAAGGCACGAAGGUGAUGCGACGUCUGAGUUCCCUGCGGAGCCGAGUCACUGGGUCCUGGCAAAAGGAUAAGGGUAAGAACAAAGAGCAGCCAAAAGACAGAGAGAAGGAGACAAAGGAGCCAAAAGAAAGGUGGAAAGAGAUCAAUAGGCACCAGCUUGUGCCAGGGGUUUUCUCCAGUUGCACCAGCUGCUCUCUCUGUGCCAAACCUCUUGUGAAUAAAAGUGCUCUGCAGUGCCUGAAUUGUGCAGUGAAUGUCCAUAAGAACUGCAAGAGUUUACUGGCUGAAUGCAGCAACAUCAGACCCAAGCAGAAAGAUUUGCAGCACAGACCUUCUGGAUCUCCACAAAGUUCGCCCCAGUGCAUUUCCCCAGCCACUUCUUUGAAGGAGCAGCCCCGGAGCCUUCUCCUGGGACCCGAUGGCACCCCAGUACUAUCGCGGAAUCUCGGCAUGACUAUCGCCCAAAGAGGAAAUUCUCAGUCUUCACUGAAUACUGCUGGAGCUGUCAAUAAAUUUGGACUAAUUUCAGGAGACAUGGAUGAAGGGGAUUCAGGCUUUGUCAAAUUUAAGCAGACUUCAGAUGACGUUGUCUCGCUUGCACCUUCAACAGCAGACACCAUUUUUCUGGAAGAUGCAUAUUCUGUAUCCCUCCGAAGUGAAAUAGAAACAGAUGCUCAUGAGUUUGAGGCAGAGUCUUGGAGUGUUGCAGUGGAACAGUCUUAUGCAAAAAGGCAAAGGCCAGACGUUAAGAACAGGCAAGAUGUCAUUUAUGAACUAAUGCAGACUGAAAUGCACCACGUUAGGACGCUGAAAAUAAUGCUGAAGGUAUACUCCAAAGCCAUGAGAGAGGAACUGCAGUUCCCAAAUGCAGUCAUCAACAAGCUCUUCCCCUGUGUGGAUGAGCUGCUGGAGAUGCAUGGGCAAUUUCUGCUCCAGUUAAAGGAGAGACGGAAGGAAUCCUUGGAAGAAGGCAGUGACCGAAAUUAUCUAAUCCAGAACAUUGGAGACCUCUUGGUAAAACAGUUUUCAGGUGAAAAUGGGGAGAGAAUGAAGGAAAAAUACGGUGUGUUCUGUUGUGGACACAAUGAAGCUGUUAGUCACUAUAAAGACCUGCUCCAAAGCAAUAAGAAGUUCCAAACCUUAAUAAAGAAAAUUGGGAACUCUUCCAUCGUGAGGAGACUUGGUGUUCAGGAGUGUAUCCUCCUGGUAACCCAGCGCAUCACCAAAUACCCGGUCUUGGUGGAACGCAUUAUUCAGAAUACAGAAGCUGGAACUAGAGAUUACGAAGAGCUCACCCAGGCCCUUAGUUUAAUUAAGGACACAAUCACUCAUGUAGAUGCCACAGUAAAUGAGUGUGAGAAGGGGCAGCGCCUUAAAGAGAUUAUGCAUAAAAUGGAGCUAAAAUCAUCAGGGAAAUUCAAGAAUGGGCUUUUCUUCCGGAAGGAUGACAUGGGACAGAGGCGGCUUCUGCUGGAUGGGAUGCUGUACUGGAAAGCUGCAUCAGGGAGACUCAAAGAUAUUCUGGCAGUCCUGUUAACUGAUGUACUGUUGCUCUUGCAAGAAAAGGACCAAAAAUACACAUUUGCAUCAGUGGACUCUAAACCGCCAGUUAUCUCGUUGCAAAAGUUAAUUGUAAGAGAGGUAGCGAAUGAGGAAAAGGCCAUGUUCUUAAUUAGUGCUUCCUUAAAAGGACCAGAAAUGUAUGAAAUUCACACAAGCUCGAAAGAGGAGAGGAAUUCCUGGAUGGCACACAUCCGCAGAGCUGUAGAAAGCUGUCCUGAUGAAGAAGGAGGAACAUUUAAUGAACCUGAAGCAGAGAGGAGGCUGGCUGAAGCAAGAGCUGCUAAGUUAAAAGAUUUUCAAGAGCGUUUGAACAUGAAAGAUGACCUGAUUAUGCAAAGUCUAACUGAGAAGCAACAGAUUUAUCUCGAAAUGUCUGAAAUGAUGGGGUUUGAAGACCACUCCCAAGGAUCCCGAUCUAGGCUACUGCUUCGGGGGGAUAUCCCAGAAAAUCUGCAAGGAGAGGCAAUUUUGAAAUCAGCAGUGACAGAAGCUGAAAAUCUCCAGAACCUUAUCUUCACUCACUUAGGCAAUGGAUCCUGUCAGCCUGAGGAUGGCUCUGGGUCAGGACUCCCCAGGAGAGCAGAGACCUUUGGAGGAUAUGACAGUAGUCCCUCAAUCUCAUCUAAAAGUGGUAAUUUUAGGAAGAACAGUGGUGGUGACCAGAGGCAGUGGGACUGGAGAGGCCCUGCAGUAAGCUCAGAUGUGCAACUCCAUGACCUCCCUUCUGAUGCAGAAGAAGCAUCUCAAACCAGUGAUGUAACAAGGCUGGAUGACAGCAGCGGCUUUCAGCCCACAAUAGAGUCUCAGCUUGUCCAAAGGAUACAAACACUGUUACAGCUGCUCUUCAGUCUUCAGGCAGUGAUAUCUCAGCAGGACAGCUACAUUGAGGUGCAACGAGCCACUAUGGUAGACCGGGAGAAGCAAUAUCGGCUGCAGUCUACACGAGGCAAUCUGCUGCUAGAGCAGGAGAAACAGCGGAACUUUGAAAAGCAGAGGGAAGAACUGAUGAAUGUACAGAAACUUCAGAGCCAGCUGAAGCUGGAGCAGCAACGCCUGGAGCGGGAAAGGAGUCGGCAGCAGAGGGAAUUUGAAAGCAAAGAAGCUCGGCUGCAGGAAAGUGAAGAGGGGACUCGGCAGCUGAGAGAGAAGGUGAAUCAGGAGAGGGAAGAGCUCGAGAGGCUGCGAGAGGCCUAUCAGCAUGACCUCGAGAGGCUGCGGGAAGCUCAGAGAGCAGUUGAGAAGGAGAAGGAGCGUCUAGAUCAGCAAAGGAAGCUGAAGAAGCAGAACACGGUGUCAGGCACAUUCUCCCCAGAAAUUGGACAGAACCAGAUGCUAAGUCAUUCUGUUAGCUUCAAUGGAGAAGGGGUAGAACCAUCUGCACCCGCCUUCAAAACCUCAGUGAGAGUGAGCGUCUCCGGGAUGGAUUACCUGGAACGGCCCGACCUGGUUCGCAGGGACAGCACCACCCUGGAGAAUCGCCCUGUUCUUGCACUGAAGAAUGAAGUGCCAAUACAUCUCCUGAGUGCAACUAAUCAGAUACAGAAACCAGCUGCGGUCCAGCAGCAGAUUCCUACCAAGUUGGCCACUUUUACAAAAGGAAGCAAAGAGAAAGGUGGGAAGAACAAAGCAUCUCAUAGGACAGACAGUUCAGCAUCCAUUGAUCAGAAGCAGCUGCUUCCCCCCAGGCUUGUUGGGCGAGAUGAGGGUGUCCUGAGAGGCAGACGGUCAGCAAGUCCAGUCCUCCCGAGCAGCCAGGCCACUGCAUUCCAGCCAGAAUUGUACGGCCCUACAGAUGCUCCUCCAGAAGCACUUUCCUCUGCCUCAGCGAACCUAUUCAAGCCCAAUAACGUUCCUGUUCAGAGCCUGGUGACCUCUCAGCCGAGUCCGUUAAACGUGCAAGAUGAUACCAGCAAAGAAGAUGUAAUUUUCUUCUAAUUGUUUCCAUUUAAAGAUUGAUCUUCUGACAUACUGUUUCAAGAACUCAGGCCCCAGCGUGCACCGUGACAGAGACCUGACAUGGAUGUCUUUUCAUCCCUACCCCAUUGCUACUAGCAAGGACCACACCAGGAUUACUGUUCUACUUUGUUGGCUUCUCUGCCAGCAGCUCAGAAUGAGGGCACAGUAGUAAUAAUUUGCUUUUAAAUUCUCCAAAUAUGGAAAUGUAUUGACACACGGCAUGGGUAUAUAAAUUUCAGAGCCUAUUAAAAUACUGACAUGUAUUGUAACGUGCUCUUUUUGGAGAAUGUACACUCUUUGUGGGCACCAUCUUGUAAAUUGUUAGAGUUGAUGUUGAACCACCCAGAUUUUUAUGUAAGAAGUUUUAGUUGUUGGCCCCAAAAUGGCUGCAAAUUUUUAAAUCUGUUUUCACAGGUACAUGGUCAGUAACGGGCUGUGGUAAUGGUGUGUUGAUAACUAAUUGAUUAGCCAAGCCAGCCUCCUUACAGCCAGGCAUGACCCACAUCGUGAUCCCACUCAGAGGAGCCAGACUAGAGUGUCUGUUCCUUUAGUGCAUUCAAUGGAGCACAUGCUCAGUGGGCAGGCACAGUGGAAGAGAGAAGGUAAGCUUCUUAACAGAGUCUUCAAGGGUCAGGAGCUCCACCUGCUUGUGGAUGAGAAGGGUUGGAUGUCUGAGAAUGUACAACGGUAAUGAAGAGUUGGACUAAAUGCACAUUUCACUGGCCAUGAGCUUGCAUUGGGGUACCUGUCUCCUUGGAGACACUGGGAGAGAGCACCACAGGUUCCCAAGCAAAAGUCCUGAGCUGGUUCAGAAUGAACUUAGAGACUUGGAUUUUGUUCUUUGCUGAAGAUAUGGACAAGAAGUGGUCGAAUGCAGUAAUUUAUUGUCUUGUUUAAUCCUGAGGUUUCUGCAUCUUUUGUUUGUCUGUUAAUUCGUUGGGACUUUACUCCAAGUACUAGAAGAUAUCAAAGCUGCUGUUACUGCAGAGACUUCUCUGCAGCCCUGUGUCAGGAAUGAAGGCAAUAAGAAUGGUUUGGGUUUAAAAUUAAAAAGAAAAAAAAUAUAUAAAAAUAAAAAAAGAGAAAAAAAUUAAAAACAAAGAAACCAACUCUCAGCUAAACCUGUGUUGGUUUAGCUGCUUCCAGCUAAACCAGCUUUGAUACCUCUUGUUAAAUGGGUCAGUUCUUAAUCAUGGAAUGUUGAGGACAUUGUGUUCUGCUCAGAAGGCAUUUCAUUUCCCUUUGUAGUAAUUUGCACAGUCAUUUUGUUGUAUUACUUCACUCUGUAUCUCAGUUCUUCAUUACACGCAUCACCUAAGGAUGUGUGUUCCAGUAUGUGUUGGAUGUGACUGGUCAGAUAUAUUGUGCAUGGGAGAGAUUGUUUAGGGGGUAUGAUUACAGAAUUAAAGAAAUGGGUAUCUCAGAGCUUAAAACUUAGGUUAAUACUUUUUAGAUCAUGAUUGAUAAUGGGGUUUGUCCUAUGUUGAAUGCUGGUUUAAAGUGGUUUUCAGCAGCAGUGGAUGGAAUGCUGGCCAGUUCUCCAUCCUGUGGAAUGGCAAUUUGUCAGUCUCCCCAAAUCACUGAUGCUAUCUCAGUUGUGAUGUUAAUAAUGUUCUUUAAGGCUGUAACUUCAUUUUGCUUGAGAGUUUAGACAUGAUUUCAGUAGUUACAGGGCAAUAACACUGUACAUUUUCAGCAGAAAAUAGAGUUUAUUUUCAAGUGAUGAUAAUUUUGGUAUUGUCUUCAGGAAAGAAAUUGAAAAAUCCAAAUUUACUGGUCAGUGUGAGAGGAGAAAGAGAAGCAGCAAAAUACUGACUCAGUCUUAGGGAACAAGCUCUCCUUGCUGUAACACUUCUUGGGCUUAAGGGUCUUCUUUGCUGAGUGAUACUGGUAUAAAUGUGAAGCAGUGGCACUGAGUUCAGUGAGAGGAAACUCCAUCUGACUUGUUACCAGGCUGGUGAUAGUCCCCAACAAGUUAUUAGUCUGAAAUUGGACACACUUCACUGUAAUACCAAAGGGAAAUCCUCAGCACUGUAGAAUUUACACUGACUAUCUGGCUGGAUUUGCAGCAAACAGUGUGGGGAACGUUGUGAUUUUUGCAUUGCUGUGAUAUGAUGUUGAUGAUGGUUAGAACAUAGUUCUACCCUAUGUUCAUUUCUUGCAUUUAUAGAAUCAUAGAAUCAACUGGGUUGGAAAAAGACCUUGAAGAUUAUCAAGUCCAACCAGUAAAAGUCCGUUCCUAAAAGCUAAGUUGGAAUGGAGAGGAAUUCUUAAAAUUAAUGUAACUUCUUCUGAAGCCACUGUGUGAGAUCCAGCAGCUCUAUAUAGUCUAUAUAUAGGACUGACUUUCCAAUCAGCUGAUGUGGAGGCUCCAGGCGCCUCUGAUCCCACCUCAUUUCUAAACAUGCAGCAAAGAAUGCGCAGAUUGUUCCCUCCUUCGUGCUGUGGUUUGGGCCACUCCUAGUGAAAACUCAAUGCCCCCAUUGCCUUAAAUUAACAGGUUUUUAGGAGUUUUAGCCUAAAGCUGAGUUGCAGCAGUGGAAUAAACCACCUCAACCAGAGAGGGAUGUCAGUGUUUGGGUACUUGAAAAUAAUUUCUGGAAACAUUUAUUUAGUGUAAUUUCUGCCUGUCCUAAAGUUUGGGAGAGAGUGUUCUGUGGACUGAAGGGGUUGUUUGGCUGCUUUCUUCUGUGCAAUGAGUGGUCAGAUACUGAACAGUGACAUGUAGAAACUAAAGUCUGCAGUGAGGGCUCGUUCCUUUUAAUGUUUUAACAUAAACAUAACUCUUUCAAUGCUCACUGUCAGCAGUGCUUCAAAUGAGUUAUGGACCCAGGGCUGUUACAGGCUGGGCUGUUGGUUCAGCACCCCAGAAGCUCCUUGGAAUAUGGGUCUUCAACACGUAACUGAGAAAUUACCUUAAAAGUCAUCUGUCCUCAACACACAUGGCUGGCUGCAGGUAGCUUGAGGAGAACUGUUUUCACCCUGAGCAGAGGCUGCAUCUUCUUUCGCUUUGGUCAAAGUCAUUGAAGUGCCAUAGCAGGUAUGCAUGUGGCUUCCCCUUUGGUACCAUACCCAGCCUGGAGAAGGCUUUCAAAUUAGCAAAUGCUGUGAUAUGUCAUUGAUGCUGUGAUAUCAAAUUGCUAGUGCAGAGCUUACCAUAGCAGAAUGUGGUAAAAUUAUUUGUUGAAGGCUGAUGGAAACAAGUGAAAGAUUUUCUUUAAAUGAAUAAUGGGUCAUCUCUUCUGCAAAACUGAAUCGGUGAAGUUGUUAUCGAAUCACUGCGGAUGAGUGAACCAGUUGUCUUCGAAUCUCAUUCCUAGGAAAAUAACUCUUCUAGGCAAAUUAGUUUGCAAAAUACUGCUGUGUCCUGAGCUAAGUAACCUGCUACUGAUUCUGAGUCAUAUCCUUUCCAUCUGACUUUUUGAUUACUUAAGAUACAAGUUUCCUUUUAAGUGAUAUCUGAGGAUUAGACAGUUCAAGAUUCUGUGCCUCCCAGGUGCCUUUUGGCUUCUUGCUGAGCUGGGGUGUGGAGGAAAUGACAGCACGAGCUUUGAACUGCUGCUGCCUUUGCUUUGUGUCACAGCCUUAAAACUCUGGCCAUGUUUGUCAUUUAAUGUGGUAAUGUCGCAAUGUAGAGGCUGUUUCUGUGGUUCUGAUUUUCAGUUUUCACUCUGGCGUAAAGGAGGCUUCCUCUUUCCCUUCCCAUCUGGAAUAUGGGCAUUGUGUAUUUCAGGCUGAGGAUCCCUCCAUGCUCACUAUGUGUGUAUUGUAAAGGCUUUCCUAGUUUUGCCCUGUGCUCUCUGUGGAUUGUAGCUGUGGCAUGUCCCACAGAUUGAGAUCACUAAUUAUUUCCCAAUGUGAGGCAGAAGAAUCAGUAUUUCGCGUGAUGCUUGCUCACAAGGUAGUAGCAUUCCUGCAGAUAGGAGUCAUUCCAAACAAUUUGCGGACAGUUUUGUCGUUCUGAGUAGUAGAUGAUCCUGCAUCCAUGGAACUUGGUGUUUGUCAUUUGCAUUUACAAUGAGAGUUUGAAACUUAAGCUAGGAAAGGGUUAAAAAUCCAUAUUUUGUUUCACUUCUACUUUCAACUCUGCAGAAUAGGAGCUGAGGCUCCGCGGUGCUGCUCAGUGGAGUCCCUGUGUGUUGUGCCCCUGUGCAAGGAAAUUUGGAGCAUUUUGUUGUCUUCCCCAGCACUUCUUGCAUUUACAAGAAAAACAGGUUACACAUGUGCUAGCCAUGCCUGACCUUGCUGAAGAGGUGAAAGAAAAGCCUUUUCCCUGCUCUCUCUUUCAAGGGCAGACCCAACAUCUUUGUACCCACUGGUGGCUCUAUCAUUUCCCAUCAGCCUGUUGUUCAUCAGAUGAUGUUCUGGUUCAGAACAUUCGUGCCAUGUUUAUAAAUCAGUUUUUUUAUAUUUUGUACUGAAAGCAAUUGGAGCACUUUUAGGAAAGUUAUUUCAAAUUCCAUUUCUCUUUGCACCUGGAAGGAAAUCUCUCAUGGAAAGCAGAUCCUGUCAGCAUAACUGCAUCUCACUCGGAGCUGUGAACUCUUGAUGCUCUUUAGUCUUAGGUCCGGUUUCUAGGCCCACCUUGCACUGUAAAGAUUUAAUAACUAAUCAUGGUCCGUGGUUAAAUUGACCAUUUUGUUGGGGAAGUGUUUGGUUUGGUUUUUCGUUAGGGUAGUAAACAGUGUAAAUAAUUCCUUUCUGUGAUACUGCAGCAGCCACAUCUUUGUAGUCUUUAUUUUAUUUGUAAAGUCGAUGGUUCAAUGUUACCAUUCUGUUGGAAUUGUGCACUCAUGAUUAAUUGUAACUUGAUCUUAGCACACCAAAUGAUGAUUUUUACAAUGAUUGCAAUGUUUCUCCACUGAAGGAUUUCAGAGCUGCAAUAGGACUGAAACCAACUUCUAGCAAUAAAAAAGAACAUUUAAAACUGGC